CGCGGGCCAAACCGCCCCACCGGCACCUGGGAGUCGUAAGCGGGUAAACCCAAAGCCUUCUGGGAGUCGUAGUCCUUUCACCGCUUCCGCGUUUUUUCGGAGCCUGGACUUUCCUGCGCGGGUUCUACUCACGAGAAGCCAGCUCCUCCCAGCCCACCCGGAACCCCCCUCCCCCCGCGAUGCCCGCCCCGCAGUGCUCCUCCUGCCACGCGGCGCGCGCUGCCCUCCGCCGCCCGCGCUCCGGCCAAGCGCUGUGCGGGUCCUGCUUCUGCACCGCCUUCGAGGCCGAGGUGCUGCACACGGUGCUGGCGGGCCGCCUGCUGCCGCCUGGCGCGGUGGUGGCAGUGGGCGCCUCCGGCGGCAAGGACUCCACGGUGCUGGCGCACGUGCUGCGCGAACUAGCGCCGCAACUGGGCGUCUCGCUGCGCCUGGUGGCGGUGGACGAGGGCAUCGGCGGCUACCGGGACGCGGCUCUGGCUGCCGUGCGGCGCCAGGCCGCGCGCUGGGACCUCCCGCUCACCGUCGUGGCCUACGCAGACCUCUUCGGGGGUUGGACUAUGGACGCUGUGGCCCGCAGCAUAGCCGGCACCAGCCGCAGCCGCGCCUGCUGCACCUUCUGCGGGGUGCUGCGGCGCCGCGCGCUGGAGGAAGGGGCGCGCCUUGUGGGAGCCACGCACAUCGUCACAGGCCACAAGGCCGACGACAUGGCUGAGACCGUGCUCGUGAACUUCCUGCGGGGCGACGCGGGGCGGCUGGCCCGGGGCGGGGGCCUGGGCUCGCGCGGCGAGGGGGGCGCCCUGCCGCGCUGCCGCCCCCUGCAGCUGGCCUCGCAGAAGGAGGUGGUGCUGUACGCGCACUUCCGCCGCCUCGACUACUUCUCGGAGGAGUGCGUCUACGCACCCGAGGCCUUCCGCGGCCACGCGCGCGACCUGCUGAAGCUCCUGGAGGCGGCGCAGCCGUCGGUGGCGCUGGACCUUGUGCACUCCGCCGAGCGCCUGGCCCUGGCCCCGGCCGCGCGGCCCCCGCCGCCCGGCGCCUGCUCCCGCUGCGGGGCGCUAGCCAGCCGCUCGCUCUGCCAGGCCUGCGCCCUCCUGGACGGCCUGCAACGCGGCCGGCCCCGCCUGGCCAUCGGCAAAGGCCGCGGGGGGCGCGACGAGGAGGGGCCGCCAGGGCCGCUACCCCCGCCACCUAGCGACCCCGUGUCUGCACCCGGCCCCGCCGCCGGGGAGUGCAGGGCAGCCUGUAAGGAGCGCUGCGAAUAAACCCCCUUCUGCCCGUUGCUUCGGUGUCAUGAUGGACCGGACCAGCCAGAAGCUGAGGCCGGGACACCUGGGUCUGAGGGAGGAGGGGCUGGAACAGGAACUCUAGGAUCUAAAAGAGAACUGAACAACUUCCCAUUCCCAACCAGUGGGAAUUAGGGGGCUGCUCACUUAGUACUCUGCCCAGUUCUGGGCAUGCGCAGGGUAGUCCAAACCUUCUUGAGCACCUACUCUGUGUCAGCUCAUUUUUAAAGGGCAUGUUUUCCUUUUGGCAUCAGGUGCAAUUGUGUGAUGCAGCUCAGGGUUUCCACAUCUGGAGAGUUUGGGAACCAGGCCUCUGAGGACGGAAGCCUCACUUGAUUUGGCAGGUGACUUGACUUGGAAGUUGGGCUCUGGUCAUUUCCAUUAACCAUGAUGCUUAUCUCUGAGUGCUGUGAGUCCUGCCAUGCCACAAGGUCUCAUUUCAUCCAAACCACACACCAUCUCAUUGGCCUGAAGCCACCUAACUGCCUGAGUUCACCUAGCUGGAGAAGGAACUGGGGGCUCCCAUCCAAAUCCGCACCUGGAGCUCAAGACGGUGGACUUGCUCCCCACCCCACCUGAAUCUCUCCUGGUGUCUCUAUGUGAUGGGUGAGGAGCAGCUGGGUGGGCCAGGGUCAGUGACCUAACCUCUCUAGUCUUCGGUUUUUCCUCCUCUGAAAUGGAAUUACACUCACACACACACACACACACACACACACCCCAUCAAAGCACUGUUGUGAGAAUUAGAAGUGCUCAACACGUGGUGGCCAAGUUCGUGGGUCGUAUUACAUUUUGGCCACCAGGGGGCUCUGGGUUUCAGAUUUGCUACCCCGUGCUUCACACCAGGGUGUGAGGCCGGGAAGAGCUUCCUGGAUGACCCCUGCGGAGAGACUUGGCGUUCUCAUUUCCCCUCCGAGUUCUGCUGGAUUGAUCGCUUGUCAGGAACGCCGUGCCUUUGCCAUCUUCCUUCUCAAAUCCUCCAGGGGACUUGUAGAAGCCUUCCUGACUCUCUCUUCUCACCUGCCCAGCCCGGGACAUAGGGCUCUCUUCCCAAGUCCCAGCCCCUGGGGCCUGCCCUUAUGUGUGGCCACCCACACUCUGGUUCUUGUUCUCCCUAACUGGAAUGAGGUUUGAGGGCAGAUCUCCCGCCCCACCAGAUAACCAGCAUCAUUUAUUCAGUAUGUAUGGAAUCCCUAAUGUGUGCAGGGACAUUUCUAGACGUUGUUGAAAAAAAAACAACAAACAAAACCCUCUGGCUGGCUUGGUCGGUGGAGCAUGCAGUUCUCGAUAUUGGGGUCGUGAGUUCAAGCCCCACAUUGGGUGUAGAGAUUACCAAAAAUAAAAAAAUAAACUUGAAAAAAAAAAAAAAAGUCUCAUUCAUGGAGCUUCCAGUGUUGCGAGAGAGGGACAAUAGACCAAUCAGGAAGCCUGAUGAAGGCUGCUAUGAAUGACAAAGCAGCAUAAGGGGAAGGGGUGUGAGACAGGUGCUAUAUCAGUUCAGGAGGUCAGGAUUUGAGAAAGUGACUUCAACAGAGACCAAAAUAAGGAAGAUUUCUAGCUAUGUCGGAGUAUCUCGGGUCUGAACAACCACUGAGAGCAACUGAAAAGAAAAAAUGGAUCCAUAACAAAGCAAUCUCUUUGAAGACAUCAAAGAGGUACCAAGGCGGCCAGGAUCCCACAGAAGAGGCUCAUAUUUACUACAAGGGCUCGUUUCUGCUGAGGAAUGGGCAGAAAGCAUGGGCUAAGAGGCUGGGGAUCUGAGCGGAGCUUUCAACAUUGUGAUGGGACAAGAGACAGUAUUGGAGUUCGGGACUAGUGGGUGGGGAUUCGAGGGACCAGAAUCGGGGGUGAAGGGAUGAGCAUUGAGGUCAGCCAGACACUGUGUUCAUAUGUUCUCCUGGAGGGUUUCAUGGAACCAGGUUAAUAAAUUGGAUGCUCAGGGUCUCGUAAAAAAUAGAGGCCCGGUAAGCAUCUGUUAGCACCCAAAUAAGGUCACAAAUUAGUAAGGGUCACCUAGGGGCACCUGUGUGGCUCAGUGGGUUAAGCCUCUGCCUUCAUCUCAGAUCAUGAUCUCAGGGUCCUGGGAUUGAGCCCUGCAUUGGGCUCUCUGCUUGGCGGGUAGCCUGCUUUUCCCUCUCUCUCUGCCUGCCUCUCUGUCUGCUUGUGAUCUCUCUGUUAGAUAAAUAAAUAAAAAUUUAAAAAAAAAAAAGAAGAAGUAAGGGUCACCUAGAAGUAGACCCACCCACAAAAAUACCAGAACCUAGCUUCAAACACACUCAAUCCCAGACCUGGUGAAGAAGGUCCCUACUUUGCUUGCCAGAAAGCAGAAGUAGGGUAGCCCUAGCUGCUGAGCCUAUUUACCCUUAUGUUGAUUAAAAUUGAAUUUAGGGACUCUUGGUUUCAGCUCAGGUCAUGAUCUCAGGGUCCUGGGACGGAGCCUCGUGUAGGGCUCCGUGCUCAGCAGGGAGUCUGCUUCCCUUCUCUCUCUCUCUCCCUCUGAUCCUCUCCCCACUUAUGUGCGCUGGGAGAGGGUCUCUCUCUCUCUCUCUCUCUCUCUCUCUAAAAUACAUCUUUUAAAAUUUUUUAUUUAAUUCAAAACGCAGUUCUUGGUUACACUAAACCCAUGUCAAGUGCUCCACAGCCACACACGGCCGGUGGCUGCCAUACAAAACCAUACAGACACACUCUUCCCAUUGUCAUAGAACCUUCCCUUUUGCAGAGCUGUUAUAGAGACUUCUAGUAUCCAGGGGGGGAAAGAUACCCACCCAAGCCUCAGGAAAUCUCUGCAAUUUUCAUACAAAAUACCUGACCUUCAAUUUUAAAAAUCUGCCAGGGGAAAGGACAAAAUGAUGGCAUACCAAGAGAAAAACAGCAUAGACAUGACCACAGGGGAUCUUGAUGGAGGAGUUUUAGGCGUGGACUGGAACCGUUAUCACCAUGCUUAAGAAA